AUGGCUGCUGCAGUAGACGCAAACUCGUUUAUCGCCCGUCAAGCAUCGAACAACAACAACACCGUUUCCUGCGGUCUCGAAACUCUGUGCACCGAUAUUGGCCUCCUCCCAGCAGACGAAACGAUCCAACAAGCAUGCCCCUCCUUGAUUGCAUGCUGUGCCCAGACCGGCCUGGGUAUCGACGGCGGUGUCUCCGAAAACUGCACCUUUCCAACCGACAUCCCAACCAGCGAUAUGUUCCUCGAACCCUCACGCAUGGGUCUUCACAGUGCAGACCUACACAGAUUUCACACUUGGUAUGACGCGUGGAAUAAGCGUGAUGUGGCAGAAGAGUGGGACGGUUUGUACUUGGAAAACGAUCAGACUCCGAGCAGUGGAACGGAAGUCACGAUCUUCUCUUGGAAAGGGCCGCAACUUGGAUGGGUUGCGGACAACCAGUGGGGCAGAGAUGCACCUCUCCUAUUUCAUACGGAAGAUGAUGAUGGUCUUCCACCGGUCGACUUCUCCUUGCCCGCCCUACCAAGAGCCCCCCGUCCGACGUUCCCUGGCACCUCUCCACCCGUUUCCCCACCCACCUCUCCAGAGCAAACGAUCGGCCGUAAACCUAGCGAGGAAGAAAUCAUCCAGCAGAUGCGCAAGCGACGACCGAUGAAACGAUGGAAAGGCGCAUAA